AUGGAUAAAGAGUCCCUGGAGAACAUGUCUGAAAAUGAGGAUUAUAUGAAGCUCCAUCCAGAAACUUUUCUGUGGUUGCAUUUUGUUAGAGGGUUGUGGCUAAAUUCUCCUGAAUCUUUCUCUUCAUUCCUUUCAGAACAUUUAUUGAACAUUGCCCUAAACUUUGCUUAUCAAAGCAACACAGUUGCUGCAUGCUCUCCAGUUAUUUUGCAGUUCCUUCGAGAGAGAACACUGGCUUUGAGAGUACUGAAUUCACAGUACUUUUGGGAUCACCCAGAAAGCCUGUUACUGUUGGGGAGAUUAAAGGUUUCUAUAAAUGGAAAUGAAAUCUCAUCUCAUGUGGACUAUUCAUUCAAGACAUAUUUUGAAAACUUACAGCCACCACCUAUAGAUAAGGAGUACACAUCUGCCUUUGAGCACAUAAGUGAAUGGAAGAGAAAUUUUGCUGAAGAUGAGAACAUCAUAAAACACUAUAGAAAUAUCUGGCCCAGGGUCCUACCAGACAUCAGUGAAGGGUACUGGAAACUGUCCCCCAAGCCUUACAAGAUCCCUAGGCUGGAAGUGGGAGUGAACAACAUGGGUCCAGCAGACCAGGCACUGCUCCAUGUCCUAAUGGAAAUCUUCUCAGCUUCACAGAGCAUUGAGUUCCAUUUAUUCAACAGCAGUGGCUUUCUUGAAAGCAUCCGCCCAGCUCUGGAGCUGAAUAAGACCUCUGUCACCAAGUGUUCCAUGUCCAGGCUGGAGCUCAGCAGAGCAGAACAGGAACUGCUUCUCGCCCUGCGUGCCCUGCAGUCUCUUGAGGUCUCAGGAACAAGCCAGAUUCCAGAUCAGCUCUUCCAUAACUUGGACAAGUUCCCAGGCCUGAAAGAACUGUCUGUGAGACUAGAUGGCACACAGGACGUGCUCUCAGUCCUUCCGGGAGAGUUCCCAAACCUCCAUCACAUGGAGAAGUUAUCCAUCCACACCUUCACAGAGUCUGACCUCUCCAAACUAGUUAAAUUGAUUCAGAACUCUCCAAAUCUGCAUGAUAUCCACCUGAAAUGUGAUUUCCUUUCAAACUGUGAGUCUCUCAUGGCUGCGCUUGCUUCCUGCAAGAAACUCAGAGAGAUUGAGUUUUCUGGACGAUGCUUUGAAGCCAUGCCCUUUGUCACCUUGUUGCCAAAUUUUGUUUUUCUGAAGAUAUUGAAUCUUAAAGGCCAACAAUUCUCAGAUAAGGAAACAUCAGAAAUGUUUGCCCAGGCUCUGGGUUCUCGCAGGAAGCUGGAGGAACUGUUCCUUCCCAAGGGCGACGGGAUCCACCAAGUGGCCAAACUGAUUGUCCAGCAGUGUCUGCAGCUUCCCUGUCUCCGAGUUCUAGCAUUUCACCACGUCUUGGACGAUGACAGUGUGACUGAAGUUGCCAGGGUGGCAACUAGCGGAGGUUUCCAGAAACUCGAGAACUUAGAUCUUUCAAUGAAUCACAAGAUUACUGAGGAAGGAUACAGAAAUUUCUUUCAAGCCCUGGACAACCUGCCAAACUUGCAAGAGCUGAACAUCUGCAGGAGUAUCCCAGAAUGCAUCCAAGUUCAGGCCAGCACCGUCAAGGCUCUGGGUCAGUGUGUGUUCCGACUGCCCAGCCUCACCAGGCUGGGGAUGCUCAGUUGGCUGCUGGAUGAAGAGGACAUGAAAGUGAUUAAUGACGUGAAGCAAAGACACCCUCAGUCCAAACGCCUGACUGUCUUCUGGAAAUGGAUAGUCCCGUUCUCUCCUGUUGUCCAGGAGUAAAGGAAGCUCCUGAAGGCUACCGACAGUUCCAAAUACCUGACUUCCUAAAAUACUUUACUUUAGCUUAGCAUGAGGAUACACACCUGUACUUUCAGCAUUUAAGAUACUGAAGUGGGAGAAUCAUGAAGUUCUGACCAGCCUGGGUCGCAUAGCAAAGUCCUGUCUCACAGAUAAAGACAUAACUAACCAUCCUGUUAAAGAAUACUUAGCAACUGUGUAGACUGGUAAAUUUCCCCUUUCAUAUGGAUAUAUGUUUCUGCCUGCAUUUAUAGCUGUGCACUACAUAGACCGUGCAUAGUUUGUAAAAGUGUGUUGAGCCGUCCUGGUCCUGGAGUUAUAGAUAGUUCAGAGUUUCCUUUCACUGCUGGGCACCACACCUUCGUCCUCAGUAAAAGCAGCAGGUGCUCUAAACCCUGCCAAUAUCCUAAGGCCAAUAAUUUUUUUU